AUGCGUCGGUUUUACCAAGACAACCGUCGCGUCCCGCUCGGGAUCAUCCUGGUGACCGUCUGUCUCUUCCUCUACCAUUUUGCCCUCGAUCGCCCCCCAUGGGUCUCGUCGACUGCGUAUACCACGCAAACACCCUACCAAGCAGGAGAGGCCACUGUAGUUGUGCACCCCUCACCUCCCUUCGUCGCCGAAGAUGAAAACACCUCCACACCGCAGAAACCCGCUCCCUCGGCGGUAGCCUCCUCCGCUUCCUCCACCUCCUCUGCCUCCGACAAAAUCACCACCACCACCACCACCACCUCCUCCUCCUCCUCCUCCCUCACCGUCAACGACAUCGUGCUCAUGUUCAAAACCGGCGCCUCCGUCCUCUGGAAACGCGUCCCCAUCCACCUCACCACCACCCUCGCCCCCACCCGCAUCCCUCCCGCCAACGUCCUCCUCUACUCCGACAGCCCCGAGACCAUCGGCGCGUGGACCUUCAUCGACGUCCUCGCCAACACGACCAUCAGCGACCCCGAGAUCGCCCUCCCCUACCGCCAACAGGCCGACCACGACUUCCGCCAGAACUACGCCGAGAUCAACAACGUGUAUCCGGGUGAUAACUCCGGCCCCGCGGGCGGCUGGAAGCUCGACAAGUACAAGUUCCUGCCGCUGGUGCAGCACGCGGGGCGCGCCCGCCCGGACGCCAAAUGGUACAUUUUCAUGGAGGAUGACGCCUACCUCUUCCUGCCCAACCUCCUCGCGCACCUGGAGCGCUUCGACCACCGGCAACCCUGGUACUUGGGCAGCGUCGCCUGGAUCCAUGGGGAUUAUUUCGCGCACGGUGGGUCCGGGUUCGCCAUCUCGCGCAAGGCGUGGGAGAUGGCGUUUGGGGGUGGGAAAGUCAAUAUCGAGGAGAAGUAUGCUGAAUUCACGGCGCAGCAUGGGUGCGGGGACCACAUUCUCGGCCAUGUGCUGAAGGAGAGUGGCGUGGGGUUCGGGGAGCAUCCGGAGGCGGAGGACAGUCGCUUCAGCUACGGGUUCAAUCCCGAGGCGCAUUGGACGAGCUGGUACGAGCAGGAGAACUGGUGCAAGCCCGUGUUUAGCUGGCACCACACGCACAACCGCGAUGUGGCCCGGUUGUACGAGUUGGAGAUGCGGUGGGGCGACGUGCAGGCCCGGGGCCCCAUCCGGUACAGGGAUGUGUAUGAGGCGAUGGUGCUGCCGUACUUGCGGGAGCGGGUGGAGUGGUGGGAGAAUGGCGCGGCCAAGUACGAUAUCCGCUCCAGUAAUGUCAAGGCAGUGACGGUGCCAGAAACCGUCACCAAGCCGCAGGCCUGGAAGGAGGCCUGGAUGUCGGUGGAUAGGUGCGAGGCUGCCUGCGUAGCCUGGGGCGAGUGCGUGCAGUGGAGCUUCUAUGAGGAUCGAUGUAUGCUCGAUAGUAUGAUCCGGCUGGGAAGCGGGAUCCCCGAGGGCGAUUCCAGACGGCAGAGCUCGCUACCGUGGACCAGUGGCUGGUUGACGAGGAGAGUCGAGCAUUGGAACGCGGCCUGUAGUGACCUGUAA